AUGGGAGGUCCGCCGGGCAUGAUGGGAGGCCCGCCAGGUGUGAUGGGUGGAGGUAUGCCUGGUAUGAUGCCUGGGCUUGGUUCCGGCCCACCAUCUCUGAUACUAGGACCGCCAGGAAUGAUGGGAGGCGGGCCCAUGGGCGGAGGAAUGCCCGGGAUGCCGCCUGGGAUUGGGAUGCCCGGGAUGAGAACUCGAAUGCGACCUGGCAUGCCCAUGCCGGGUAUGAUGCCUGGUUUGAGGGGAGGUCUACCAGGCAUGGGUUUCCCAGGAAUGGGUAUGCCAGGUAUGGGAAUGGGAGGUCCUAUGAGCGGAGGCAUGCCGGGGAUGGGAUUGCCAGGAAUUGGCUUGCGCGGCAUGGGAAUGGGAGGUCCUCCCGGCGGCAGUCCAAUGGCCGGUGGUGGCGGCAAUCCCAUGGCGGGAGCACAAGGCGGAGGCGGCGCUGCUGCACCGGCUGCCGAUGACGAUGAUGACGAAUAG